AAUCCAAAACAAAACAAGCGUGUAACUUCCCAGGAAAGAUUACGCAAAUGGCUUCAAUAAACUUCUCAGAAAGAGAAAAUGCCACUCUUCUUACACCUGCGCUGAAAAUGCGCCAGCGGCUGACAUCGGCGCAAGGAAACUUCUUGAAGACCCCGUUGACAGGAAAAAAGUUGAAUGCUCCAGGGCAGUCAGGUCGCAAGGCUUUGGGGGCAGUGAACAAGCUAUCCUCAGCGCCAGCUGUGAAUGGCAAAGAGAAGAACAAACUUCUUGAGACACAGGACACUAAAGUAAAAACCCUCCCAACAAAAGCAGAAGAAUACCCAGAUAUUGAGAAGUUUAUCCCAUAUGACCCUCUUGAGUUUGAGAAGUAUGUAUUCCCAGAGGAUGUGGUUUGUCUGAGUGAUCUUGCCCUGCCAGGACUGGUACAUCUCCCCCGAGUGCAUUGUUUUCCUGAAGAGGACUCUGAUGUGUUUCUGUCAUACAUGCCCAUGUCUCCAUUGAAGGAUCUGCAACACUCAGACCUCGACAAUAAAGAAUACGAUGCCUUUCUUCAAACCAUCAGCGAAAUGACCAUUGAAAUGCCUCCAGUCAUGGAUGAAUGAACUGGUCCUUGCACAACCUGUAAUUGUAUGUUUUUAUUAAUAAAGUUUUUGUAUAUUU